AUGAGUGAACAUCAUGGUCGCCCAUCUGGAGUGGCGUUUCUCAUGCAGCACAGGCGGAUUAAGGGAGUCCCGGCGCAUGUAGCAGCCAAUACCAAUUACACGGCAAACCAGGUUUAUGAGCAUCGUUCAGAGGAUGACUGUUGGGUCACCUACCGUGGUCGUGUCUACGACAUCACGCAAUAUUUAGACUGGCAUCCUGCUGGAAAAGACAUUCUGCGCCCCUUCUUUGGCUAUGAUAUUACGGAAGCGUGCAAUGUGGCUCACUCCUGGGUGGGUAUACACAAGAUGAUAGAACCCUUGCACAUAGGAAUGCUUCAAGGACCUCCACGUCUUCUGCAAGGCUAUGACUAUGAUGCUCUGAGAACCAGAGAUCUUAGAAGAGGGUCGCCGGCCUAA